AACAAGUGUCAGUCAGUCACUCACUCACUCUGGCGGGAGGGAGAGUAACCGCGCGCCCCUCCAUUCUUCACCCCUCCUGCAGCCCCUCCCGCAGGACCUACACGCCCCUCGGCACACAGGAAGGCGUGGCAAGGGCGUGGGCAGCUCCUGAGGGCGUGGGGAGACUGUGGAAGGGUCGUAGGCGUGGAAGGACUUGAAAUUUGAGUGAUAGAAACGAAGACGGUCAGAAAACCCUGUCUUUGGGAACCCCGUGUAUGUGUGUGUGUGUGUGUGUGUGUGUGUCCUGCUGCCCACAACAACACCUACACUCAAGUUCUGACGGUCGGAAAUGCGUUGACUUGGUUAUCUGACGCAAGAGAUAAGACUUCGAUUAUAUGAUCUUAUCUGCAGGUUGUUAGAGCCUUGAUGUGCAACUCUUUGGGUGGUGGUCGACGGUGAUGGUUGACGGUGAUGGUUGGUGGUGAUGGUUGAUCGUGGUGGUGACGAAGAAGAAGGAAGAAGAGAAGUUCUUAUUUCCUUAGCUACCUCCUGUCUUUGCCUCACGUAAGAUAAAGGAAGAAAGAAAAGAAUGGUGGAUGUUGAAAUUGCUAAGAGACGGGAAAGGCAUGAGACGUAGAAAAUGACUGGUAGUGUAAGAGAGAAAGAAAUUGCACUCAAAAUAAGAAAGAAGAUACUGGUUGUCAUUUGACGUAGAAAAUAACAAAGAAACUGUGAAAGAACGUAAGAGAGAAAGUAAUUGCACUCGAAAAAAAAAAAAAAAAGAUACUGGUUGUCAUUUGACGUAGAAAAUAACAAAGAAACUGUGAAAGAACGUAAGAGAGAAAGAAAUUGCACUCGAAAUAUGAAAGAAAAUGUUGUAGAACGCUGAAGCAGAGACGGAAAAGAAUAUUGACGUGGAAGAAAGUGAGAAACAACGUCAAUAAAGAAAGAAAUCACAGUAGCAGAAUAAGAAAGAAGGAAAAUAAGUUAGAAUGCUGAAAAUACCAAGAUACGGGAAAGACAAUUGACAUAGAAGAAAGCGAAAAACAACGUCUAAAAGAAAGAAAUCACAGUAACAGAAUAAGAAAUAAAAAUAAUAAGUUAGAAUGCUGAAAAUACCAAGAAACGGAAAGGUCAAUUGACGCGGAAAACAACGGAAAGAAAGUAAGAAAGAAAACUUAGUAGAAUGAUGAAAUUGUACUGAGAUACUAAAAAUAUAGUUGACGCAAAAAUUAAAAAUGUCGAAAAACGUAAGAAAAAUGGAAAGGAUUUGACGCUGAGGAAAAAAAAAACUUAAACUGAAUGACAAAGAAAACAUAAAAAGGAAAGAAAAGUAGACAACCCAAAUAAGGAAGAAAGAAAAUAAUGGAGAAACUAUCACAACAAGAGAAAGAAAAAUAUGCAAAAGCCCGGACCUAAAAGACAUUAACACCAGAUAAACAAAAACUGAAAGAAAGGGAAAAUUAAAAUAAAGAUUGAGAGAAGGGAAAAUACCAAAACAUAAAAAUGGAAAAUAUAGCUACAUUAAACACCUAGAAUAUUAAUGAAAGAACAAAAAGACUUGAAAAACGAUAUUAGGCUAAUCUAUUUGGUGAAGGAGUGAGAGAGAGAGAUAGUGAGUGAGUGCGUGAUUGUGAGAGAGAGAGAGAGAGAGAGAGAGAGAGAGAGAGAGAGAGGGGGGAGAGUGAGAUAGUGAGAUUGUCUUUAACUGCACGCAAAGCAAGACAGACAGACGUUAAAAAAAGGAGUGACUCACCAUCAGAGCGAAGGUCAACACCGUUAUUACAACCUACACCACCACUACUACUACUACUGUUACUACUACUACUAUUACUACUACUACUGCUACAACAACAACCGCCAUCAUGUAUCACUGGCAGAGCGAGGGCAGCAAAAAGUCGUCUGCGGAUGACAUGGUCCUGCUCACCAAGAUCACCGAGGCAGCCAUCACAGACAACCUCAAGAGGAGAUUUAUGGAGGACAAAAUCUACACUUACAUCGGGCCGGUGCUGGUGGCCGUCAACCCCUUCAAGCAGCUGCCCUUCUUCGGGGAGCGGGAGCUGGAGAUGUACCAGGGGGCGGCGUCCUAUGAGGUGCCGCCCCACAUCUAUGCCGUGGCCGACGCAAUGUACCGCAACAUGCUCACAGACUCCGAAAGCCAGUGUGUCAUUAUAAGCGGUGAGUCUGGGGCCGGCAAGACAGUCUCCGCCAAAUUCAUCAUGAACUACAUCACCAAGGUCUCCAAGGGCAGCCACAAGGUCCAGCACAUCAAGGAGAUCAUCCUGGAGUCCAACCCCCUCCUGGAGUCCUUCGGGAAUGCCAAGACCAUCAGGAACAACAACUCCUCAAGAUUUGGCAAGUACAUUGAGAUCCAGUUCUCGAGAGGCGGCGAGCCCCUGGGAGGAAAGAUCUCGAACUUCCUGCUGGAGAAGUCUCGCGUCCACUCCCUCAACAACCGCGAGAGGAGCUUCCACAUCUUCUACCAGCUGUGUGCCGGCGCCAGUGACUCCAUGAAGAAUGAACUGGGGAUCACCACACCCGAAUACUACGCAUACCUGAGUGAGAAUGGCGUGUUCGAGGUCGACAAUAUGAAUGAUGCGCAGGACUUCCAGGAGACUCUAAAUGCCAUGAAGGUGAUGGGCAUUGAGGAGGACGUUCAGAUGGACAUCCUCCGCAUCAUCGCCGCCAUCAUGCACAUGGGCAACAUAACCUUCGUGGAACAUGGCAACGCUGCGCAGAUACAGGACCCCCAAUAUCUUGCGUACCCGGCAUACCUUCUCGGGGUGGACGAGGAGCGGUUGAGGCAGAAGCUGGUGAGCCGCGUGUUUGACAGCAAGUGGGGCGGCCAGUCGGAGCGCGUGGACGUAACCCUGAACGAGGAGCAGGCACAGUUCACACGUGACGCCUGGACCAAGGGACUUUACAGCCGACUCUUUGAUUAUAUUGUUGACCGCAUCAACAAAGCCAUGACGACCGACGCCAACCUGAUCAACCUCGGCAUCCUGGACAUCUACGGCUUCGAGAUCUUUGACAAGAAUGGCUUUGAGCAGUUCUGCAUCAACUACGUCAACGAGAAGCUGCAGCAGAUCUUCAUCGACCUGACGCUGAAGAGUGAGCAGAAUGAGUAUGAAGCCGAGGGGAUUCAGUGGAAGCAGAUCCAGUUCUUCGACAACAAGGUGGUGUGCGAGCUGAUCGAGGACAAGACUCCGCCCGGCAUCAUGUGCAUCCUCGACGACACUUGCGCGACCAUGAGUGCCAAGUCCGAGGGGGCCGACGAGGACUUCCACCGCAAAUUGGAGUCCCAGAUCGGGUCGCACCAGUUCUACCAGAAGUUCAACCAGGGCUUCAUGAUCAAGCACUACGCCGGCAACGUCUCCUACCACGUCGAGAAGUUUUGUGAGAAGAACCGAGACGUCUUGUUCAUGGACAUCAUUGAGGUGAUGCAGAACAGCUCCAACGCCUUCAUCCGCAAGCUCUUCCCGGACGUCAUCCAGACCGGUGCCAAGGGUCGACCCACCACCGCCGGCACGAAGAUCCGCACGCAGGCCAACCAUCUGGUGGACACGCUCAUGAAGUGUUACCCGCACUACAUCCGCUGCAUCAAGCCCAAUGAGACCAAGAAACCGCACGACUGGGACGAGCAAAUGGUGAAGCAUCAGGUGGAGUAUCUGGGUCUGAAGGAGAACAUCCGAGUGAAGAGAGCUGGGUUUGCGUACCGCCGGCCGUUCGAGAAGUUCCUGCAGCGCUACGCCCUCCUCUCCAAGCAGACGUGGCCGAGCUGGCACGGCAACCCCAUCCAAGCCAUCGACAUCAUCAUGAGGGAGAUCAGCAUGGACCCAUCACAGUACCAAGCCGGCAGGACCAAAGUGUUCAUAAAGGACCCCGAGUCUCUCUACAUGAUCGAGGAGUGCCGGGAACGCAAGCUGGACCACUAUGCACGGGUCAUCCAAAAUGCCUUCAGGAAGCUAUACAGUAAGAAGCGUUGGGUGAGGAGCUGCGUCGAGGCGAGCAAUCUCAUCGUGAACCGCAAGGAACGCCGAGCUCACUCCCUCAACAGGAACUUCCACGGGGACUACUUAGGGAUCGAGUUCAAGCCGGGAAUCAGCACCCUCAUACCUCGCCGGGAAAAGGUUAUCUUUGCCCUCACGGUGGACAAGAUUGACCGCUCCUUCCGAAAGAACAAGCGUGACCUCAUCCUGACCCGCACCCACCUCUACCUGAUCGGCCGCAUGCAGAUCAAGAAGGGGCCGGAGAAGGGCAAGACUCAGGAGAUCAUCAAGAGGCGAAUCCCCAUAGAAAACAUAACACAGGCAACACUCUCCACCCUGCAAGACAACCUGGUGCUGGUCCACAUCAAGGAUGACCAUGAGAUGUUUGUGGAGGUGGAGUUCAAGGUGGAGUUCAUCUUUCUGCUCAACCGUAACCUAAAGGAGCGAUGCGGCAGGGAACUUCCGCUUAACUUUACAAACAGCUUUACCUACCGAGUGAAGAAGAUGCGGUGGAGUGGCGCGUCAGAGAAGAAGGUCGUGUUCAAAACCGGGUUGUCGGAGGUCCCCGUCUUCUCCUCUUCCGGCUCCACUCUCAGUGUCUCCGUUGGUCCUGGCCUUCCCAAGCAAUCCCAACCAACUGGGCAGCGAGUCAUCACCCCGGAUGUCAAGUUUUUGGCAUCAGGCGGACACAGGGGUCAGGCCCCCUUUGCCAGUGACACCUGGACCUCAAACGCCUCAUUGUCCUCGAACACCUCAAACAACGGCAGGAAGCCCUUCUACCCUCCCAAACCCAUAGGCCCCGCCCCCAAACCCUCAAGCCACAUCCUCAAACCCCCAGGCCCCGCCCCCAAACCCCCAGGCUUCACCCCCAAACCCAUCCCGGGGAAUAGUGCACCUAGACCAGCUGUGACCCCUGUGGCAAUCCCCCGACAAGGCCCUAUGCACCCUCCCUUCCCAAUCUCAAACCAGAACUCUCAGAAUGGCGGUGUUGCUUACCCUUCAAGACCUAAUGCAGUCAAAGCACAACAAGGUUUCCGACUCCCCCAAAACCCAUCUUCUAAUAACUUUACCCCCUUCCCUGUGAUACACCCUCCGCCACCCCCCUCCGAGCCUGCCCCAGCAAACCAGCCAUCCAUAAGGGCUAGACCCACACCACCCAUCCCUGUCCAGAGGCCCAAGCCCAGUCGGCCGCAAGUGAAGGCGUUAUACCCUUACAAUGCAGCGGACAGUGAUGAGCUAAGCUUUGAGGAGGGUGACAUUUUGUAUCUGGAUGAGGAAGAAGCGAGCGGCUGGUGGAAGUGCAGCCUGCAGGGUAAGUCAGGCUACUGCCCCAGCACCUACCUGGAGAAGAUUUAACCCUGCUGACGUCGUAGGCACGGAAAUAUCAAGAUGUUAGCAGAUUAACUUAUUAACCGCAGUGGUGUUUGGGAACUGCCGUAACCUCUUUUCGUCUCUCUUCUUCUGUAACACGUGCACAUGCGUUCCUUCUGAGGGUAAUUAAGAAGGCAAGGUAAAGCAUGUCACGAGGAGGAAGAGGAGAUAAAGAAACGAUGAAAGAAGACGAGUAGUGGAGGUAAGUGGAAGGGCAAGAAUCAUCUAGUCCCCAAGUGAAGUUAACAACCCACAUGCUUGCCCUCUGUGAGUAAGGAAGGCUAAAGCAUGGAUUGAAACUGUAAGGAGAAAGGAGAAGAAGAAGAGGGAAAAUAAUAAGAGUAGACGGAGGUCGAAGAGGAAUCAUCAGGCCCUGCAGUCAACUUAGUAACUUGUACAGUCUCUGAAAAAUGUAAAAGUGAAGCACGUUAGAAGUAUUAGGAGAGGAAAGAGAAAAGAGAAAAUAUGGAAAGUAGAAGUAGGGUGAAAAAGAAGUCAGGUCCUACAGUCAACUUAGAAACUCACAAUCAUCAAUGGUGAAUGAAAAAUCAUGUAAGGAAUGUUAGGAGGAGGAGGAGGAGGAAGAUAAGGAACAGAACUGAUGGAAGAAGAAUAGAAGCAGAGCAAGGGUAAAGAAGAGGAGUACAAUUGUCAGUCUCCAAAGGCAAAUAAAAAAAGUUAAAUUGUGAAGUAUUGUAAUUGCAAGAAAAAGAGGAUGAAGAAGAUAGAAAAGCAGAGGGAGGCUAAGAAAAACGGCCUGCAUUCCUUAUUAGCAAGAGGAAGAAGGUUGAAACGUGUAGAUAGAAGGAAGAGGAGGAAAGGAGAAACUAAGGAAAACAAGGAGAAGUAGAAGAGAGAGAAGAAGAAUGCAUUAGAAUGAGAAAUGUCGAAGUAUAUAUAUCCAAAUGGCUAGUAGAGGAGGAGGAGGAGGAGUAGGAAGGCAUUUGCAAGAAGAAAUGGUGAGAGCUGGAGGAGGAGAAGAAAGGAAUUUGGAAGAAGAAAAGUUGAAAGAUUUGGAGGAAGAGGAGGAGAAGGAAAAUAUUUGAAACAAGUUGGAGGAAGAAGAGGAGGAGGAGGAGAAGAAGGAAAGGGCUUGGGAGAAGAAAAGUUGAGAGAUUUGGAGGAAAAGGAGGAGAAGAAGAAGGAAAAGAUUUGAAAGAAGCUCGAGGAAGAAGAGGAGAAGGAGAAGGAAAGGGUUUGGAAGAAGAAAAGUUGAAAGAGUUGGAGGAAGAAGAGAGGAAGGAACAGAUUUAGACGAAGAUAAGUUGAAAGAGGAGGAGAAAUUUAGUAGAAAAGCUGAGAAGGAAGAGAUUUAAAAGAAAAGUUGAAGGCAUUUGAUUUUCAUUUUCUCGAGUCAACUGAAAAACUCACUGACUUCGAUGUUUGGUGAAGAAGUCAUCCAUUUAUUUUCUACCAGUAACUUUUUGUAUAUAUUAAGUUAGCACCCCUAUCACACACACACACACACAGAUGGAAAAUAUUAUAUAGCUCUUCCAUGUCGUGAGUUUUGUACAGCUUCCUCAGAUGAUAUAUAUACGAUGAUAAGGACAUAAUAGUUCACACUUCUUUCGUGAGUGAUUGAUUUAUCGUUUUUUAUGCACUUAUAAGUAAAAUUAACAGUGAAAUUCAAUCCUUACGUUGCAGUCAUUUCUUUUAAUUUUUAUUUUUUUUAUUUUUUAUUUAUUUAUUAUUUUUUUUCUGGCAAUGCUGUUUUGUAAAUGUGAAAGGUUGAAAAAACUGUUACAUAGAUAUCACUGAAGAUUUUUUUUUAUUUUUUUUAUGCCUUGUAAAUAGUAAUGAUAAUAAUAAUGGAGGUAUAUAUAUUGAUUAUGGAGUGUCGCUGUAUACUAUCAGUUUUAUUGUGUGUUCCCAGCAUCCUCCUGACUUUGGUAGCAAUGUUUUGUGUUCUUUUAUAUAACUUUUUCAUAUAACUUUUUUUUUUUUUUGUUUCUUCGUUUUCAUUCCCGUCUUGUAUCGAGUGAUUGAAGCAAAACCAAAGAUUAUUUUUUUUCUGAAUGAUGAAAGAUACCAACCGUGUACAUUAAUGUUAAUAAGUCUAGUCUAUUAAUAAAGUUCUUGAAGUUCA